AACAUGGGCAACGUCGAGUCACAAGCAGGUGCUCGCGGCGCCGCCAAGCCAUCGUCCUCGCGUGUCCGAUCCCUCGUAGCCUUCACGACCCGCGGACCGAGGAAGCAAGUCGCUUCUUCGUCGGCUGUCCUCGAACUGCCGAGCGUCUUCACUCCAGAAGGAUUCCAGCGCCGACACGUCGAGAAGCUGUGCUUGGACGAAGAUCGACACCCCAUGCAAUACAAUCGACGCGUUUCCUUCUCUCCGACGUGCUCCAUAACGUCCUGCGAAUCUGCGCCGGCGUCUCCUGUACAUUCCGUCCGCGUGAGCGACUUUGAAAAACUCAAAGUCAUCGGAACAGGCUCCAUGGGGCGGGUGCUGCUGGUCCGCAAGAAAAGCAGUCGCCAACUGUUUGCGAUGAAAAUCGUCUUCAAGGCGGUUGCAAACGCCGAACAGAUCUGGUCCGAGCGCGAUGUCUUGGGCGGCACGGCGCAUCCAGGCCUCGUCCACCUGCAUUGGGCAUUCCAAACGCCGUCGAGUCUGUUUCUCGUUAUGGAGUACUGCCCUGGCGGCGAACUGUCGACCCAUAUUCAGGCCAGCCCUCGCGGAUACUUCACUGAAGGGGCUGCGCGCUUCUACAUUGCCGAACUCGUGCUCGCCCUGGAGCAUCUGCACCGCCAUGGAGUUGUGUACCGCGAUCUCAAGCCCGAGAACGUCCUGCUCACAGCCGACGGGCACGCCAAGCUCGUGGACUUUGGCUUGGCCAAGUUCGGCAUCCUCGAACCCACGCAUGGCACGACGACGAUGUGCGGCAGCUUUGAGUACUUGGCGCCGGAAGUGUGGACAGGCAACGAGUACGGCACCGCGGUCGAUUGGUGGUCACUCGGCAUUGUCUUGUUCGAGAUGCUCACGGGGCUUCCGCCCUGGUACAACUCCAGCGACUCGUUCAGCUCGCCUAACGAGUACACCAAAGCCCGGUCCAGUCCCCUUGCCAUCCCCAGUCACGUGUCGCCGGACGCGGCGCACCUGAUCCAGUCGCUGCUCAUUCCUCGACCAAGUGCGCGAUUGGGGUCCCAGCGGGGCAGUGCGGAAGUGAAGGACCAUCCGUUCUUUGAAGGGUGGAACUGGAAGGCCAUGGCCCACGGCGCCCUCCCGCCGCCCAUUUCGCCAUGCGAGUCGGAGCAGUCGAUCCUCCACGCAACCAACUUUGACGACCAAUUCACCCGCAUGUCUGUUGGCAACCGCCUGAGCAUGGAAGAUUUCAGCGACUUGGACGACGACGAUGCGUUUGUCGGGUUCAACUUUGAAGCUCCCAGCGCAUGCGCAUGAACACGCUGAUAGUCUUAUUUAUCUGUAAUUUAUCACAGUUCCUCGUG